UCCUUUCUCUCCUCCCGUCUGCCAGAGGGUCAUGUACAAAAUCGCAUAGCAACCUUCUUGCCUAGACAAAUAAACCUUUAGUUUUUAAGUAGACGGAUUUAUUCGGUCAUUGUUUAGAGACAUGAUGGGCGGAAGAACGAGUGCGAUAGCGGCCGGGGUCGGCGCGGCGCUGUUCGUCGGGUACUGCAUCUAUUUUGACAGAAAACGCCGGAGCGACCCAAACUUCAAGAACAAGCUGAGAGAGCGAAGGAAGAAGCAGAAAGCAGCACAGGAGAAAGCAGGACUGUCACGGCUACCAGAUUUGAAGGAUGCUGAAGCUGUUCAGAAGUUCUUCCUGGAGGAGAUUCAGCUGGGAGAAGAGUUGCUGGCUCAGGGAGACUAUGAGAAAGGAGUGGACCACCUGACCAAUGCCAUAGCGGUGUGUGGUCAGCCUCAGCAGCUCCUCCAGGUGCUGCAGCAGACCCUGCCUCCACCCGUCUUCCAGAUGCUCCUCACCAAACUGCCCACCAUCAGCCAGCGCAUCGUCAGUGCACAGAGCUUGAGCGAUGAUGACAUCGAAUAAGACGGGGCCCUUUUAAACACGUGCAACCCUCUCCCAGCAGUUUUACUUCUCCAUGUUUAAAUUAAUGUUUUUCAUUUUUCUCUCCAUCUUUAUUGUGCAAAAACAAACAAAAAAAAACUCUUCCUCCCCUCUACAACCAUAGAAAUUAUGAAGAUUUUCCUAAAAGGCAAUAUGAGUCUAUAAAUGAUCUCACUAGAUGAUCAUGUUUUUCAGUGUUUAGAUAACAUUUAACUGUAUUUUAUGGGCUAAAAUGAUUAAAAGGUUUGUGCUGUCCACACACACACAAACCUGUUAUCGAUUCUGAAUGUUCUAUAAAUGGAUGAGUACGAA